CCAUGCAAAGUCUGUGGGGAUGAAGCAUCUGGUUUUCAUUAUGGCGUGGAUUCGUGUGAGGGUUGUAAGGGCUUUUUCAGGCGUUGUAUUAUGCAAGGCAUAAACCAUCAGUGUGUGGCCAAUGAAAGAUGUGAAAUUACACCAUUUAGUAGAAAUAGUUGUCAGUGGUGCAGGUUCAAAAAGUGUUUUGCUGUUGGCAUG